AUGAGUAAUCACGAACUCUCAGAAGAGAAUAAACCUCCAAAGUUAUUAUUAUUGUGGAGUAAAUGUUCUGAGUUUAGCGAAAUUGAUUUAGAAAAUAAGUAGUCUCCUAAAAUGGUGAAGUUAAGAAAAUUGAAUUCCACAAUAGAGAACAAUGAAUAACUUCAUCAAGUUAUUAAUAGAUAAGUAGAUUUAAUUGUAGUCAAAGAAGAAAGUCCGAAAUUAGAGAGUAAUAAAUGGCAACCAUGCAGUUGUACUAAAACCAAUUGUUUGAAAAUGUAUUGUUCUUGCUUUCACAAUGGAUAAACAUGUGUAGAAUUAUGUAAGUGUGAGGAUUGCAAAAAUGUUGACGAGUACUUAAAUUAAAGACAUGAGGCAGUUGAAUACAUAAAGAAAAAAGCUCAUAGAAAUAAAAAAGUUACGUAAGAGAAAUUAUUUGAAACAAAAGAAGUUUGGGGAUGUAAUUGUAAAAAGACUAGAUGUCUAAAGAGAUAUUGCGAAUGUUUUAUUAGAUAGAAGACUUGUACAGUUGAUUGUAAUUGCAAUUAUUGUGAAAAUGGCAAAGAUGAGGAUUUAUUUGAAGAAAUAAAAAGAUAAAAUGAAUAACCAAGAUAAUUAAAAAAAAAUAGAUCUGAGAGAUUGUUCAAUAAAUGA